AUGUGUGAAUCCAUGCCCUAUGGCGGGUUUAAAUGGGUAGAGCCCACACUUAAAGGGUUGAAUGAUUUGGAUGAUUCAUCUCCUAUAGGUAGGAUUUACGAGGUCGACGUGACAUAUCCAGAUAAACUUCACGAUCUACAUAGUGACCUUCCAUUCCUUCCGCAAAAUUCCAUACCCACAGGCUCUAAAGUUCAAAAACUGAUGGCGACAUUUGAGACGAAGAAAAAAUAUGUUAUUCACUAUAGGAAUCUACAACAGGCCAUUAAAAAUGGUCUUAUAGUUGAAAGAGUACAUAGAGUGGUACAGUUUAAACAAUCGCCCUGGCUCUCGGAGUAUAUUACAAUGAAUACCAAAAUGAGAAUUAAAGCAACGAACGACUUCGAGAUAAUGUUUUUUAAACUAAUGAAUAAUGCCGUAUAUGGUUUGUUAAAAUUUUUAAUUUUAGUUUUUUUUUUUUUUUUUAUAUAUAUUGUCGUUGUUUCAUAAGGCAAGACCAUGGA